UAAAAUAAGAGGAGGGCCGGUUGGAAGAACUUAUUUCCCGCCAUUUGUUGAUGGAUUGGAGGCUGAGUGGAAAUGCUCUGAAGACGUUUGCUCGAUCCGUGGCGUGUCUGGCACGCAUCGGCAACGAGCUCACCCUCCAAGCUUCCCCUUCCCAGACUCACUUAUUAGGUUUCAUGAAAUUAGAGGUCUCUCACUCAUGACAAGCAAGGUUUUCUUUUUUCCCUUUGUGGGAUUGAUAAAGACUGCGAAGCUUCAACAUUUAGCUUUGCACACCCUCAACUCUUCAAGGUCUGCGUAUCAGUCUAUCAUACUAAAGCCUUCUUUCUUUGAUACGUAUACCGUUACUGGAGCCCAAGUGCAGUGCAGCGUGCUUUUAAAGGCCAUUUGUUCUGUUCUUAGGACACCAUUAACAAGUAUCGAUCAUUUAAAUGUGAGAUUGCCUGAUCCCGAUGCAUCGAAAGUGCAGUGGACUUUGGACUGCUUCAAUGGUAUGAAAAAAUCAUAUUGGAUUACAUGCAAUGUUGAAGCAGACGUACAGCAGCUCUCUCUUGAUAGAAGAAGGCUCCCAAGCAGCUUUGUAGUGAGACCGCGUGAUCUCAACAGAUUGCUUUCUAAUUUUCAGUCAACUCUUCAGGAAAUAACUGUCAUAGCAACAGAGCCCACAUCUGAUGAUGAGGUUGGAGGCAAAGCUGUUGAACUUAGAAGUUAUAUAGACCCUGCCAAAGAAAAUGAUUCAUCUUUACACACUCAGUUGUGGAUAGAUCCUUGUGAAGAGUUUGUGCAGUAUAAGCACACCGGAGACCCCGUAGAUGUAACCUUUGGUGUGAAGGAAUUGAAGGCAUUUCUUUCAUUUUGUGAGGGAUGUGAAGUCGACAUACACUUGUAUUUUGAGAAAGCUGGCGAGCCUAUACUGAUGGCACCAAAGUUUGUGGAUGAUGCUUCUGUUUCAAACUUUGAUGCCACUUUGGUACUUGCAACCAUGCUGGUGUCUCAGCUCCAUGGCACAACAACUUCAUCGGAACCUGUACCUGCAGCUGCACCGCCAAAAGAUAAUGUUUCUGAGCAUCCUUCCGAUCACACUAGAAUUUGGUCAGAUCUUUCAGCAAGUGCCACUAAAAGUGCAAAUAGAGCUAGUGCUCGUGUACACGGGGAAAGAGAACUGAAUACAAAUGAUCAUGGAGAUAUUCAGAGGAUUAGCACAAUGCACAUCUCUAAAGAUGGGCCAGAUGGAAGAAAUUUCACCACCAACGCCUCCAACCCAACGCAAACAGAGCAUGAACAUGUGGAUGAAGCUCGCGAUAGGAGGGCUGAAAUCAAUGAUCAUGGCGUUGUCUCACAACACCAUCUCAGUAACUGGGUUGAUGAUGAUGAUGAUGAUAACGACGAAGGGGAUGAUUCAGAACCAUAUAUCCAGGCAACACCACCAUAUUGUGAGUGAACCGUGUGAUGAAAUCUUUGUCAUUUGUUGUUGCAAGUGCCACACUUGUUUUUCGAAUGGUCUGAACAAAUGUAAACAUGUAACUACUAUGAUGUUAUGGUGUACAUGUUUUCCAACCAAGGCAUAUCAUCGAAUCGCUUUCUUUCCUUACGUUCUGGUAGUUGUUGAGUAAAUUACAAAAAUGGUCAUUUAUGCUUA